AAGGUUCGAGAAAGGAUUACUGGAGGAGCUCAUAGUAAAAGGACGCAGAGAAAGUCAGUGGAAGCCAAAUCCAGUGGGCGCUGCUUGAAUUUGUCUGAAAGUUUCAACAUUUGGAAAUAAAAUCCCACAAGAAUGCACCCGCGCGACAUUUCCACUUCCCCGUCGCUCUGAUUCGUUUCAGUUUUCUCACUCCUACAUUGCCUAUUUGUCUCUUUUCUCCCAUUUCUAUAAAAUCCCCCUCCCUCCCAGCUCUUCCUCUUUCCUUUCUCUACGAUCCCAUUGACUCCAUCUCCCCCUCUUUCCCAUGGAUUCUGGAUACCUUCUGGCAAUUUUGCUCUGUUUUCUCUGUUUACUCCCUGAUCUCUCUGUUUCUUCCAUUAGAUCGCUGGCCUUGGGCCUAGAUAAGACCACGCAUGGAUCGGUGCUUGGAUUCAACAGGGGCAGCUCAUCAGUGAAAUUCGAUCCUACUCGGGUCACUCAACUCUCCUGGCGUCCGAGGGCUUUUAUAUACAAGAAAUUUUUAUCCGACGAAGAGUGUGACCAUUGAUCAAUCUGGUUAGCCAAGGACAAGCUAGAGAAAUCUAUGGUAGCGGAUAAUGAAUCGGGUAAAAGUAUAAUGAGUGAAGUCAGAACAAGCUCUGGGAUGUUUCUUUCCAAGGCUCAGGAUGAAAUAGUGGCUAGUAUUGAAGCCAGAAUUGCCGCAUGGACCUUCCUUCCAAUAGAGAAUGGUGAGUCUAUUCAAAUAUUGCACUAUGAGAAUGGUCAGAAGUAUGAGCCACAUUUUGAUUACUUCCAUGACAAGGCUAAUCAGCAGCUGGGAGGCCAUCGGAUUGCCACUGUGCUGAUGUAUUUGUCUAGUGUGGAGAAGGGUGGCGAGACUGUUUUUCCCAACUCUGAGGGAAGGUUAUCCCAGAUAAAGGAUGAUAGCUGGUCUGAAUGUGCAAAGAAAGGCUAUGCAGUAAAACCAGAUAAGGGUGAUGCCCUGCUGUUCUUCAGUCUGCAUCUGGAUGCAACUACGGAUCCUUUGAGUUUGCAUGGAAGCUGCCCGGUGAUUGAGGGUGAGAAGUGGUCUGCAACCAAGUGGAUUCACGUGAGGGACUUUGACAAACCAAUCAUGAGAAGAAACGACGGGGAAUGUGUGGAUGAGAAUGUAAAUUGCUCCAAGUGGGCUAAAGUAGGGGAAUGUGAGAAGAAUCCCCUUUACAUGGUUGGGAAUGAGGAAGUCAAAGGAUUCUGUAUGAAGAGCUGCAAUGUCUGUACGUCCUAGGGGCUACUCUCACUCUCACGUGCGUUUUUGAAUCCAUACAAAAUGAGUUUCUUGUAGAUAACAUUCAUUUUCCCUGGGCCCCCACCCAACUCCUGCUGCUUAUGACUGAAUUCUUAAUUUAUUCACCAAUCCCCAAUUGAAAGAAGGGGAAACGCUAGAAUGUAGUUUCCAAAGAUGGGUGAAAGAUACGCUCGAAUGCGCUUUUUCUCAUGGAACGUAAUGCCAUUUCUUUUUACCCCCGUCUGGGGAUUG